CGAAAAGGUCCCCUUUCCAGAGAGUUGUCCCUUACGGGCAGUUGACUUGUCGCCAUGUGGCACUUUUUGCUGCUGGCGGUUCCGGCGGCGACGCUGGACAACGGCCUGGCGCGGACACCGCAGAUGGGCUACAACUCCUGGUACGACCUGGAGUGUUCUGAGGCCAUGAAUGAGACUACCCUGCGGCGGGUGGCAGAUGCCAUGGUGGCAAAGGGGCUGGUGACGCUAGGAUAUCGGUAUUUGAACUUGGACGACUGCUGGGCCAAGAGCCGAGACGGGUCUGGGCAGCUGGUGGCAGACCAGGCGAAAUUUCCUUCGGGCACCUUGAAGCCGUUGGCGGACUAUGUGCACAGCAAGGGUCUCCUAUUUGGCACCUACACGGACCGUGGGGAGUUGACCUGUGCUGGGCGACCGGGCGCUGCGAGGCACGAGGAGAUUGAUGCGCAGACGUAUGCUGCCUGGGGCGUGGACUAUUUGAAGGAGGAUUCCUGCAACGCCAGCACUGAUCACGAAACCGCCUUCGCCGAGUACGGCCGAAUGCGAGAUGCGCUGAAUGCCAGCGGGCGCCCGGUGCUCUUCAGCCUGUGUGGCUGGAACAGCUGGUAUGCGCCGGUGGGUCGGCAGCUGGGCAACAGCUGGCGCAUCGGCCCGGACGAUACCAACUGGCCGGGCAUUCUGCAGAACAUCGACGCCAUGAGUGGGCUGGAGCGCUACGCAGGCCCGGGGGGCUGGAACGACCCCUGCCUGCUGCUGAGUGCCACCUGGAGCCGAACGCUGCGGGUCACGGCGCUGCAGACCAGGGCUCAGUUUUCGAUGUGGGCUGUGCUCGCCGCGCCGCUGCUGAUCUCUGGCAGCGUGCUGGACAUGGAGGAUGAGACCUUGGCCACCUACAGCAAUGAGGAGAUCAUUGCGGUGAACCAGGACCCAGCUGGACACCAAGGAUUUCGGGUUCUCGGCGGCAAGCUGUCGGGGAAGUCUGCCACUGCAAACCUUUGGGCGCGCCGUCUCUCAGACGGAUCGCUUGCGCUGGUUUUCCUCAACGUCGCCCAGGAGUCGCUGGCGCUGACGUGCAAUGAGGACUGCUUCGCUUCCAUGGGGCUCACGGGCCGACUCGCUGUGCGGGACCUUUGGGCCAAGCGACAGCUGCCAGACAUCACCAACACGAGCUUCACCGCCCAUUUGCCUCCAGAGGGAGGCCAUCAGAUGAUACUGGUCAAGCAAGUGGCCGGCAGCAUUGUCGUUUGAAGCUGUGCAGCCAGGAUGCUGGGGAUCCUGGCGGCUCGCGCGGAUUUCC